CGUUAGAUCAUAUCGAACUAACGUACAUGACGUCAUAAAUUUAAGAGCACAGGAAGUGCAAAACCGGAAGUCAGUCUAUAAUGGCGGGGAAAGCGGGGGAUUUAAAUUUUUUGCGGGAAUUAGGAAAUAGCGAUAAAUACGACGCAUUAUAUUAGUAUAAACAAGAAUUGUUAGAAUGGAAGAAGAAAAGUUACUUCUGUUUUCGACGAAAGAUGAAUUGCUGAAUGCGUUUGAGGAAUUUAAAAGAGAUACUUGUAGCGGAUGGCGAUGUGUGGGAAAAGAGAAGAAUUUUGACAUGGAUGUAAACGAAAUUAUCAAAGCUGCAAAGGAUACUUCAAGGAUCAAAUGGUCAAUAUCCGCUAGGAAUGAGGGAGUAGCAUUUGAAUUUGAUGGUGUGCCAAUUAUGUCUGCUGGUACUGUCAGAUUUCAUUGUCACCAGGGUGUUGAUAUAGAUUUAGUCCAGAAAAAUAAGAGGAAACAAAAGAAAGAUGAAAUGCAGGAACAAGACCAUGUAUUUUUGAAAAGGAGAACAUUAAUACAACCAUCAAAAAAAUUAGGUUGUCCUAGCAAAGUGUAUUUCUCAAGGAUUCUGAAAUUUCCAGAUUACAAGGUCCAGGUGGGUCCUAAUGGUAAAAAGCCUGAUAGGCAGAUGAGAUCAAUGGCAUCAUCCUUGAAAGCAAACAUUCAAGAUAGAAAAGUAAAAACAAUUGUUUAGCAAUUUGCCCUCAAAUUACCAGGAAAGAACAGCCAUCAGUACCAUGCUAUUGAAGGAGAAAGUGCCAAUCUUCGCGAACCAAUCGAUGAUACCAUUAUGAAGAAGAUUCGACAAUUGCAUCAGGUCGGAGUUAAAAAUGUUGCUGAAGUCCAACGACACGUCAAGGACUAUGUUCAAAAUGAAUUGUUUCGAGGUGACCAACCACCUUCUCCAUCCCGCAGAAGAUAUUACCCAACAACCGAGGAUAUACGCAACAUAUUAAAUACGCAACGUACAGGUGCUUGGCAAGCGAACGAUGAUCAAGAAAAUCUUGGCAUCUAUUGUGAAAAAUGGCAAGAAAAUAACAUAAACGACUCGAUAUUCUACAGGCCAUCAAUAAAAGACAAGGAUAAAUUUUUAUUCAUAUACCGAUCUGCGUGGAUGAAAAGGUUGCUUCUGCUGUAUGGUCAAGAGAUGUGCCUUUUAGAUGCGACUUAUCGAGUGUGCAGGUAUGCAGUUCCACUGUUUUUUAUUUGUGUUCGUGGAAAUGUUGGCUACAUUGUCGUGGCGGUGUUCAUACCGGAAAAUGAAGAUACAGAGUCAUUGGAAGAAGUGCUGGAAAAAAUAAAAUUGUUCAACCCAGGAUGGAAUCCAAGGAAUUUUUUAGUUGAUUUUUCAAUGGCUGAGAUUGCUGCAAUUGAAAAAACACUGCCACGUUAG